ACUGUCUUUCAAUCUGUAGACUUUAUCCCACACCGGACAUAAAGUGAACAGUUUCAAAGUAGACAGACGCUUGCGCAUAGCGUUGCAUUUCUUUUGUGCUAGAUUCUAAAUAAAAAUGUCAAUUAUCAAACAUUCAUCGGGGUGGUUUUUACAUCUUUUCUUAGCAUCCCUACUUUUAAGCAGUUGUUUAGCUAACUUUACCAAGGGCAUUUCUACAGACCCGACUGACUGGCUUGGAAAUGAAACCGACUUGGAAGAAGAUCCUGCACGCAAACCUCUUCGUGUAAAAGACACUGUCUUUGACCUCUGUCAAAACCUUCCCGGCUGUACGUGUGAUGGGAAACACGAGCGAGCCAACUGCAGUUGCAUCAUUGGCGAUCAAGGCAAACUGAAAAAAAUCAAUUUCGAUAAAGUAAGAAUGCCGAUAACCAUUACAACUUUGAACGUAGUCGAUUGCCCGCUUGUUGACUUUGCCCAAACAAAAUUCGCUGAACUACCGAUGAAGGCGAUCAAUUUUCUGCGCGUCGAUCGCUUGCAAAUAGCUACAGGUUCGCUAAGGAAAGUGGAUCGUCUGUCUUUGCAACACGUUAACAAGUUAGUAUGCAGCAAAGAUGCUUUCGCUCAACUGGAAGCUGAUACAGUCACAUUCGUCAACGUCACGUUUCCUGUCGGACUUGAACUAGUUCCAAUUUCAAUCAAAUCGGAACUGAAAAUUGUUCGUUGUAACUUGACCGAUGUCACUAUAAUAGUAGACUGGCUACCCACAGAUCGAUCUGUCUCCAUAGACGAUAGUUACUUAGAUCGUCUAAGUCUGAAAAUUAACGCAGCCACGUUCAGCAUGGAUGGAAAUCAUUUCGCCGCACUUUCAUCGACAUCAGGGCUAAUGGAUAUCGCCUACUCCCAUUUGCUAAAUUUGAGAAACAAUCAAUUUUCUACCAAAAAUGUCGUUUCCCUUAUGCCAGAUGUUAUGUCUUCUAACGUAUCUCUAAUAUUUAAAGCCCAAAGCUUCUCGGCCGAAAGUAUGCGUUGGCUGGAACAUUUCAAGUUUGAAUUCGAGGAUACCACAGUAAAAGGAGUGACUAAUCGUGGUAGUAAAGGAGCAGCCACAACGUGUGAAGAACAGAUCAUGGCUGGCUCUACAAGUAAUCGAAUUCUUACCUGCCUGAACGUUAAGAUCCUCGGUGACUUUUUAGACUCGAAAGAGAAAUCUGUACCACGCCGUGAACACGAACCGGAAGAGCAAAAACAGACUCAAAUGAGCCAUGACGUGGCAUCACAUUCUGCUCACGUCCUGCACUAUUAUCCAGUGCUAUCACUAGUCACCACUGCAGGUGUGAUGUUGAUGAUCUGCAAUUCAAAAAUUUAAAAAUACCAAUAAAAAUUGUUUUUUUUUAGCUUCAUUUUAAAUAUUUUAAAAAAUCAUAAUACCAAUACAGUGACGAUUUCGAAA